AUUGUCAGUUUAGUCGAUUUGGUGUUUUAUCGCGCCGCGUUCGUUGCUUAAGUCUUUCGUUUUUUGUGCUGUCUUCUACCGUUGCUGACUAAUCUGUGACUGUGCUUGGUGAAUAUUUGUAGUUGAAUCUUUAGUUGGACUGAGUUUAUCAACAUGAAGUACGCUGUCCUCGCUCUCGCCCUCUUCGCCGUUGCCUACGCCGCUUCCGAUGCUGGCCAAUAUGUGCCCAAGGCCAUCUAUACAUUGGACUCCGAGGGCCAUAAAUCGAAUGUGUAUCCCGUUAGUGCUCGUUUGCUGAGACGUUUGCGUCGCCAGGUGUUCUCCUCGUCAUCGUCUUCGUCGUCAUCGUCGUCUACGAGCGGUGGCACUACCAUCGUCUCCUCAACCCAUCACGUGCAGCAGCCCGAUGGCUCGACCGUCAGCGGUGGAGCCUUUCAGCAUAUCGUACAGCCCGACAUCACCAUCGGACAGCGUUUCGGUGAGGAUUCGGCCUCUGACUAUAAUGCGCCAGUGGCAGGCCUUUCUGCACAGGCUGCAGGCAACCAGGGCGCCUAUAAUACAGGCGCCUAUAAUACAGGCGCCUAUAAUACAGGCAGCUACAACAAGCCUCAAGGAGUUGUGAUCAGCUACACUGACACCCAGGAUGCGCAGGGCAACAGGCGGCAUCAUGAAACCCAUGGCACCAUUGGCAGCGAUGGCAAAUGGAAAUACGACCAGACGAGCUACAAGACGAAGACGAACUAAGUGCCAAUCUCCCACCUCCCAACUACCACUGUCCCCCUGCCCCUUCCCACCCACACUCACACACACAGAAUUAUUGUCUGUGGCCUACUGAUGUGUAAUAAAAAGUGAAUACACA